GCCGCCGUGCCCGCCGCCGCCGUGCCCGCCCCGCAGGUGGGGGCGCCGCGCGGGGCCCGGGGUGCCAUGGACGAGCCGCCGCCGCCGCCCGCCUGAUCCCCGAGGCCGCCGGCACCGAGACAAAGAGCGGGGCUGCGGCCGCGCCCGCCCGGCCGAGCCAUGGUGGAGCCGCCGGCCGAGCCUCCCCCGCAGCCCUGCCCGGCGCCCGGGGGGGCGGCGGGGGGAGAGCCGGCCCGUCCUGGAGAGCAGUCGCCGCUGCUGCACCUGGACCUGUACAACUUCGACUGCGCGGCGGCGGAGGGCAGCCGGUACGUGCUGACCAGCCCGCGGUCGCUGGAGGCCUGCGCCCGCUGCGCCGUGCGGCCCGUGGAGCUGCUGCCGCGGGCGCUGGGGGACCUGCUGAGAGAGGCGCCCGGGCGCUCCAUGCGGGUGGCCGCCGGCCUCUACGAGGCCUACGAGCGGGAGCGCCGCCGCAAGCUGCAGCAGUGCCGGGAGGAGCGGGAGAGGAUUAUCCGGGAGGAGAAGAGGCGGAUCCUCGGGCCCCUCGGCAGCCUGCCGCCUUCGCCCGCCGCCCGCGUCUCCUCCCGGGCUGCGGCCGCAGCUGCCGGCGGGCCCCGGACCCAUGGCGGGGGGAAGGCCAGGGCAUCGAGGGGUGCCAAGGGCAAGAGCCACUCCCUGGACUCCUUGCAGAAGCGCCGCGAGGGUAGCUGGGGCAAGACCUCCUCUGAGUCGGGCGCUUCGUCGUCCUACAGCGGGGAGAGCCUGCGGGAGCGCGGGGGCAAGGUGUGCGGCCGGGGUCGGGGGGUAGCCGCCGCCAAUGGGACUCUGCUGGGGCGCAGCUUCAGCCUGGGCGACCUCAGCCACUCGCCACAGACUGCCCAGAGAGUCGAGAGGAUCGUCAGGGAGGUGAAGAGGAAGAAGGGUCUCUCAGAGGUGCCAGAGAGGGACAAGAAGAUCGCGGCAUUGAUGAUCGCCAAGCACCAGGAGGCCAACCUCCUGCGGGAGCAGCGGCAGGCGGCUCACCUGCAGUGGGACAGCCAGCGGCGCCUGGCUGAGCAGCGGAAGGAGCAGGAGGAGAAGGAGAAGCAGAGGGCCCUCCUGCAGGGUCAGCGGAUGUGGGAGAGCCAGGUGGAGAAGCGGCGAGGGAGACUGAACCAGGAGCAGGAGGAAGCUGCCCUGAUGAAGCAGAAGCAGCUCCUGGUAUGCGAGGAGAGGUGGCGGGAGCAAGCGGAGAAGCAGGAGCGGCUGAGGAGGGAGAGGCUGGAGAGGGCCAUCAAGGAGGACAAGCAGAAAAAACUCCAUCAAGAGCUCAACCUGAAGGCAAAGGAAGAGGUCAAGAAGGAGCACCAGGAGCGAGAGGAGCAGCUCCUGCAGGAGAAGCUGUCCACAGCUGCACAGAAGAGGCUGAAAAAGGAGGUCCAGCUGCAGAAGGAAAAGAGACUGUUCAACCAAGCAGAGAAGCUGAAGCAUGAGGCCUUGCUCAAGGAACUGGCCAAGCAGGAGGCAGAAGAGAAGGAAAUGCUGAAGGCAUCCCUGAAGAUGAGUUUGACAAAGGCUCAGGAGAACUACGAGCAGCUUGUGGAGAAGAGGAACCAGGAGCUGAGGGAAAAGGCCAGGCGUGAGGACAUGCAGAUCCAGAGAGCUAAACUGGCAGCAGAGAAGAAGGAAAGAGAGCAGAAGGAGCACUUGGAAGCACUGGCUAGAGAGACAGAGAGAAAGCUCCAGCAUGCUGCCCAGGUGGCUGAAGAGGCUGUCCAAGAAAAAGCCCGCAAAGUGGUCUUGAGCCGUCUGGAAAAGGAAAAAGUGCAGAAGAUGAACAAGCAAAAGGUGGAACAGUAUGAGGACUUACGGCGCAGGGAAAUUCUCCUCUCUAUAGAGAGGAAGCUGGAGAGAAGUGAGCAGAUCUUCAAGGAGAAGAAGACUGUCUUAGAAAAUGCCAGGUCUGUUGCUCGAGCAUCCUUCCAUGUCCGGGAGAAGGUGCGGGAGGAGACGAACAUGCGCACCUUUGACAAGAUGGCCUUCGAAGCAGAACUGCAUGCUCAACUUAGUAAGAAGUGAAAGAUCUUGUCAUGGGUGAGUGAGGAUGCACCACUGGUUGUCCAUCAUAAUGUGACAGAAAGCUCCUCGGCAUGAGCAUUUAAAACACAACGAAAACCAACAUCCACCCUAAUUUCGUGUUUUAGGGGAGCAGGGUACCGCACAAAAAUGUGGCAGCUAUUUCACAUACUGUUUUAAAAACAUUUUUCAUUCUGGGUGUGUUUUAGAGACUGACCUCAGUCAUCUUUACAGAGAGGAAGCAAGUUUUUCUGUCCUCCACCCCACAAGCACAUGCAUUUUUUUUUUGGAGAGAGCUGCAAAAUCUGCUUGAAGCCUCUGAGUUAUUGAUUGAUUGUUUACACCAGAGAUGACUACAGCUGCACUCUCCAGCGGGAAAUGCAAACAGAGGUUGCUGACUACUAGAGCCUGCUGAAUAAGAACCAAAACCACCCCAGCUGAUUCUGCCUGCAGUGAUGGGCAGUUUGGUUUCAGUUACGGGACUGCAUUUUCAAAGCUGCUGCAGUCCCAUGCUGAAGGGAGGGAGGCUGGAGUACCGAAUGCCAUGUACUCUGGGUGCCCCUUGACUGGGGCCAGUACCAAGCUAGGGAAAGCACAAAUCAAGGCCAUGUAAGUAGACAUCAUGAUCAGAGCUGGGCAGAAGCUGUCUGAAAGUGCACGCAAACACAAUUUAUUUUUUGCUGUUACCCUUUCCAAGGUAUCCUCACCUCUCCUCCUCCUUUUCAAGGUUCUCUUACAAACAUCUCUAGAAUUCCUUCUUUUUUUUUGGAGGAGGGAGUAAAGGAGAGAAAUUUGUGGGCAGUCCACAAACUUACAAGCACCCACACAAGUCACCUGUUCAUUAAGAUAUGAAAAUGAAUGAACCUGUGGAAUCUGGACUUUUGGAGAAAUACAGAGGUCACUUGUAAAUGGAAAUCACCACCCUCCAGAAUUCCCAAAACCUUAUCCAAUUUGCCUGUCUUGAGCAGGAGGUUGGACCAGAUGUUCUCCAGAGUUCCAAGCUUAUAGUUCUCAUGAGCUGCGUACAAUGACAUGUUUGCCCAGCUCUUAUCAGUGUCUACUGAGCAGGGCAGCAUUUCUCUGCCACUGGUGCUAAGAGCUGUAUUCUUAUAUAGAGCACAAGAAAGAGAGAUGCACAAAAUAAGGUACAUUACAGAUUCUCUCAGAUGAGGAUCAUGUGUUUUUUAUAAGAGCUAACUCAAUACUAUUUAGGGGGAACUGAGUUCUUCUGCAAUUAAAUGCACCAGAAAUGGGAAAAACCUACCUGUGCCCUGUGUACAGCAUUCAAGUACAACAGCAUUCUGCUCCAGGUUUCCACAUGGACUCUUUGUUGAGUUGGAUUUGUAAGCACACAUCUGAAGCAGGCACUUUGGUUUGGUUUUUUUCUGGCUCCGGGCAGCAUCAGCUCUCUGUUCCAUCAUCUGUGACGCCGGAUUGGGUUGCUCUGAUGAUAGCAGUCAGACCUGGAGCACGGAGGAGAAGCACCAAGAGGAGACAGGAUCUCGUUUCUUUGAGGAUGUCUCUGACAUGGAACAUAGUAGAAGAGACAACCAGGAGAGGGUUGACAUAUGGCACAGACAUGCAGUCUAGCAUGCAUAGAUUGCUUACCAGAAUUUCCCAGGAGGUAACAGCUUGUGAGAACCUCCUAGAAGGCUUUAAAGGAGUUGUUAAAUGAACACUAACAAUAGACCAAAUACACUGGUGCCCUGCAAGAUUAGAGACAUUACACAGUGUUGAAAAUUAAGACAUAGGUAUUUUUUUUAUUUUUAUAAGAUUUGAUCUUUGAAUCAAAGUAUGAUUGGUGGUGUUAAGGGCAGGCAGCAUGAAAGUAGGAAUUAGGGCACCUGAGCAGUGUUUGCUCUGUCAGUCAUUGGCUCACUGUGUAAUGCCAGGCAAGUCCUCAGAGGCUGGACCUGCUCCUAUUGAUAUAAACGGAAGCAGAGUUGGGCUCCUGGGACUCACAGGAAAUAGUAAGACUCUGAUUGGCAAAGCACUUCAAAGACUUUGGACAAAUGUUGCUUAUAAAAUACAAAGUAAUAUUUAUUUAUGUAUUUAUGUAUUUAUGUAUUUAUUUAUUUAUUUGAGUGGUUAUUAAAGUAAAACACCCCUUAGAGAAAAGUGUUAACACCCAAAUCUGGUAAUUGUGGAAAGGACAGCUGCAUUAGUGUUUCCAGCAGGGAGGCUAUCCCUUAUCCUCAGCCUCAAAGCAGCAAUCAGAACAGUGAAACAAAUCCUGUUCUAACACUGGACAAGGUCCUUGAGAAAACACAGACUUCACAUGAUGUCCGUGCCUCAGUGAUUUGUGUGUGCCCUCGUACCUGCAAAGACCUAGAAAAGAGAUGGUCAGUGGCUCAAAUCCAGCCACUGGAAAACUGCCCUUGCUCCCUGGCAGCACUAGAGUUAGGGUAAAACCUGCAAUGACUCCAGCAUAGCCAGUGUUUCAUCUGAUUUGUAGCCUUUGAGGCUGGAGAGAAAGCCUGCCAGCACAUAUAUGAAGGGUUUUGCUUCCUGUGUCGUUGCACUGGGGUUGAAAUUCACUGCUUGGUUAAUUUAGCAGAGGGACAAGGGGGAGAGAUGGGAAACAGUGGAAAGAAGGCAAAUGGUGAUGGGUGAAUGAGCAGGCAGCCUCUAACUGGAGGAGCAUGUUUUCCCUAAAGCUCUACUGCAAUCUACCUGAAGACUGUCCAAACCUCCCUCUGACAAGGGCAUUUCCAGACGGAGAACAUUCUGCAGCCCAGGAGACAUGGCCACUGACUGUAAUUACACCUGGGGUCCAUCUCUUGCUGCUGACUGAGUUUGACACCUUGGGGCUACAGCUGAACUAAUCAACACAAACCUACAUGAAGGUAAUUGGAUUGGCAAACUAGUGUUCCUCUACUGUGCAGUGUACAGCUCAAGUUUUGAAUGUGCAAUCUGAGAAAAAUAUUUUUUUUUCAAAAGACA